AUGGAUAAGUUAAUUAUUAGAGCUAAAAUUAAAGGUUACCAUGAAGCCGGUUUACCGGCGCCUGCUAUAGCAAAAAAUUUAAAUAUUCAUGUGAAUACUGUUUAUAAGUGGAUUAAACGUGAUAACCUCAAUGAUAUGGAACGUUCAGGCAGACCAAGCAAAGUGACACCAGAGACCCAAAAGAUGAUUACAAAUGAAUUAAAGGAAACCUCUCAAGGUUAUUGUGAUAUGAAUUUCGAUGGUGAGCUAAGAAGAUUACAUGUACUGUACACUGAUGAAUCUUGGAUUCAAUUGCAUCAAGCUCCGAAUGCUCAAAAUUUUCGUUUCAGAACUGAUAAUCCAGAAAAAUUUCCUAAAUUUCCUCUACCAAAACACCCUAUAAAAAUCAUGGUUGCUGGUGGUAUUUGUGGUUUUGGUAAAACUGAUCUUCAUAUUAUCAAAGAUAAAAUAACAAUUGAUAAUGACUAUUAUCGAAAUGUCAUUCUUCCUAUUUAUUUUAAUGCACUAAAAAAUCCAGAACUAAUGGUGGAUCCAGAAUUAGCCAUGUUGAUGCAGGAUGGUGCACCUUGCCAUUCUGCUGAAAAAUCUAUUCAAUUAAUUGAGGAACAAAUUGAUGAUAAUUAUUGGGGCAUCGGAAUUUGGCCUGGCGGCUCGCCUGAUCUCAACCCCAUAGAGCAUGUUUGGGCAAUGCUGCAAAAUUCAAUAUUUGUUGAACCAAGACCAAAGAAUAAAGAAGAAUGA